ACAACACGUGUGGCAGUAGCAGCAGCAGUAGUGUUAGCAUUAGCAUUAGCAUCAGCAUGGCGGACAGGAGUCAGCAGUGCUCGGUUUGGGUCGGAACCGAGACCGGGAUACUGAAAGGUGUGAGUGUAAGCAGGAAACAGGUGUAUAAUUUCUGUCAGAUGAGCUGUUUGAGUAGAGAUGAGGAGAUCUGCACCCUCACCUGGGGGGAUCAACAUGAAUCUGAGGUGCUGGUCGGUAGUGUUAAUGGCAGAGUAAAAACGUUCAGCACAGAGAAAGGAAUUUUCACAGAGAGUCGAGAAUGUGCAGAUCCAACAACACACGGCAGAUUCACCGGUAUUGCGGUCAUGGACAGAUCAUUAAUAACUUGUGUGGAGUCGGGGGUGCUGAAGGUUUGGUCUGAAGCUGCUACUGAUGCUGUGGAGGUGACCGUAGGAAGUGGUGUGUGCAGAAUGAGGCAGAACAUGACAGAGCGCCACCGGGUGGCUACAGGAGGGAAAGAGAAUCCACUGAAAGUUUGGGAUCUGCAGAGACCCGACACACCCGUGUUUACUGCCAAAAACGUAGCUCAUGAUUGGUUGGAUCUGAGGGUACCGGUGUGGGUGAGAGACAUGGCAUUCCUCACCCAGUCCAACAAGAUCGUCACCUGUACAGGUCAUCACCAGGUACGAGUGUACGACCCUGCAGCUCAGAGGAGGCCGGUGAUGGAGGUUCAGUUUGGGGAGGUUCCUCUGACGGUUCUGUCGGUUCCGGCGGAUGAGAGCAGCGUGGUGGUGGGAAACACUCACGGCCAGCUUGCCGUCCUCGACCUCCGAAAAGGUUUGGUUCGAGGGUGUAUGAAGGGUGUAGCGGGCAGUGUGAGGGGGCUGCAGUGCCACCCGACGUUACCCCUCGUUGCCUCUUGUGGCCUUGACCGCUUCCUCAGAAUACACAACCUACAGGAUCGAACCCUGCUGCACAAGGUGUAUAUGAAGUCCAGGCUGAACUGUGUGUUGCUCUCCAGUAAAGACCCACAGUGUUGUGUAUCGGAUGUGGAUGGGCUGGUUGAGGAGCUAAAGGCAGAGGAUGAGGAUGAAGUUUGGGGAGCCAUGGAAACGGUGACUGAGAAGAGUGGGAAGAGAAGAACUGAAGACAAGACGGAGAGAAACACGGAGGAGAAAAAGAAGAAAAAGAAGAAUUGCUGAUGUUGCUGUGUGUGUGUGUGUGUGUGCACACGCUGUACGUGUGUAUAAAUGAUUUUUAUUGCUCAUUAAACUCUCUUCUUCGUCUCCA